AUGCGCCUGCGGCGUUUCUUUUCGACUGUCCGCAUACUACAACAUGACAAUCCUCUAGGCCUUCCAAAAUCAGGAACACCUCCCACAUUCAAAAGCCGCCGCGGCCUUCCUCAAAAACGCAGAAUCCGGGAUGUCCAAAAAGUCGUCGCAGUGUCUUCGGCCAAAGGCGGGGUUGGAAAAUCGACCAUUGCUGUGAAUUUGGCGCUGGCCCUGGCCCGUCGAGGCAUUCGCACCGGUAUCCUCGACACCGACAUCUUCGGACCUUCCAUACCGACCCUUUUGAACUUACACGGCGAACCGCGCCUCGACAGCAAUAAUUGUCUCAUCCCCUUGACGAAUUACGGAUUGAAAUCAAUGUCAAUGGGCUAUCUCCUCCCUCAAGCCUCCUCCUCCUCUUCUUCCAGCUCUGAUACCGAACUCACCACUUCCUCCCCUCCACCCAUGGACACAACACCCAUCAGCUGGCGCGGCCUAAUGGUCACAAAAGCAAUGCAACAACUCCUUCACUCCGUAUCCUGGGGCCCACUCGACAUCCUCAUCCUCGACCUCCCACCAGGAACAGGUGACGUACAACUCACAAUCGGGCAAGAAAUCAUCCUCGACGGCGCGGUCAUCGUCUCAACACCACAAGACAUCGCUCUACGUGAUGCAGUGCGCGGUUUCGGGAUGUUUCAAAAGAUGGACGUCCCCGUUCUGGGUAUGGUUCAAAAUAUGGCUUUCUUUGCAUGCCCGAACUGCGGGCACGAGACAAAGAUAUUCUCGCAUUCGCAUUCGCAUGCGCAUGACGCUGAAGGAGGUGUUGUGGCGCAGUGUCAGAGACUUGGAAUUGAGUUCUUGGGCGAUAUACCGCUCGAUGCGAGAGUGUGCGAGGAUGCGGACCGGGGGAUGCCGACUGUUGUUGCGGAGGAAGGGGACCCAAAUAGUGUGCGAAGAAAGGCGUUUAUGAGUAUAGCGGAGAAGGUUGUGAGGGGGGUGGGGAUGGACUGGCUGUAG